AUGGCCGAUACUAGCAGGGAUGUCGUGACCGUAGUACACGCGCCAAGGGAAACGCCCUACGGUGCCAUCGUGCUUGCAGCGAUCGCCAAGCAGUUCUCAAAGAGCGACGAAUCGCCCAUAGCAUUCGAAGCGGGCAAGGCUGUCGAGCCGGGGACCUACCUGCUUGAAAAGGUCAAACUGCAGGAACCACAGCUACUCAGGGAGCUCUGCCUACGCAUACCCAGCUGCAAGCGCAUGCUCUACAUCGACAGCUCGGCAAGCCUGGACAUGUGGGUGAACUACGUGACGCUGCAUUCCGCGACGCCAAAGACCCCUGUAGCGGAUUUGUGGCAGUACUACAACAGGAUGAACACUCACCUUGCCCCCCGUACAUUCCUCAUCGGGUACCGCAUGACGGUGGUGGACGUGCUGCAGUUUGCGGUCCUCUCCAACGCAAAGGCCGUAUGCAAGGAACUCGCCAAAGUGCCUCAUGUGCAAAGGUGGUACAGCUAUAUCCAGUCGUUACCGGGGGUGCAACAAGCCCUGUCGGACAUGCAGCGCAAGAACGCAGCACAGGUAGAGAAGAAGCCCUUCACCAAGGAACAGCAGAUUGAUAACUCCUACAAAGAUGCUCUAAAGAAUGCAGAGCAGGGCAAUGUCGUGGUCAGAUUCGCCCCUGAGCCCUCAGGGUACCUGCACAUCGGGCACACCAAAGCGGCACUCCUCAACGAUUAUUUCGCCAAGCAGUACAACGGUCGUCUGCUCCUGCGCUUCGACGACACCAACCCGCUCAAGGAGAAAAUUGAGUAUGAGGAAACCAUCAAGGAGGACUUGAAAACUUUGGGGGUGGCCUUCUGCUCAACGACUUACACGUCCGACUACUUCGAACUUAUACAGGAGUUUGCAUUCAAGCUUAUCAGGCUAGGACUUGCGUAUUGCGAUGAUACGGACGUCAACACCAUGCGCCACCAAAGAACGGAAGGCAUCGAGUCUGCAUGCAGAAAUGUUAGUCCGGAGAUUAAUUACGCCAUCUUUGAAGAAAUGCUAUUGGGGUCGGAGAAAGGAGUGAAGUACUGCCUAAGGGCUAAAAUUGACAUGAAGCACACCAACAAGUGCCUGAGGGACCCCGUAAUGUACCGGUGCAUUCCGGACGCCUAUCACAACAGGCAGGCAGAUAUGUACAAGGCCUUCCCUACGUACGACUUCGCGUGCCCUAUCGUCGACUCCGUAGAGGGGGUCACACACGCACUUAGGUCCAACGAAUACUCUGCCAGAAUACCGCAGUAUCAUUGGUUCAUCGAAAAGUGCCAGCUACGCCCUGUGGAAAUAUACGAAUUCAGCAGGCUCAACUUCGUCAAAACCAUACUCUCAAAACGCAAGCUGCAGUGGUUUGUCGACAACGGAGUUGUCAACGGAUGGGACGACCCAAGGAUGCCGACCGUCAGAGGAAUCAUGCGCAAGGGGCUCACGCUAAAGGCGCUGCUCGAGUUUAUCCUCGAACAGGGGCCGUCCAAGGCAGUCAAUCUCAUGGAGUGGGACAAGCUGUGGGCCAAAAACAAGCAGAUUAUUGACCCUAUAGUGCCCAGAUUUGCGGCUGUGGGAGUUGAUGCCGUUGAACUCAAGCUCGACAAUUUCCGCGACGUGACGUUGCCACCAGCGAAACGCAACCUGCACCCCAAGGACCCCUCAAUGGGCGAAUGCGACCUAUGGUUCGCGCCAACGGUGUUGUUGGACCGCGUUGAUGCCGAUGAAAUCGCCGACGGCGAGGAGAUUACGCUCAUGCGUUGGGGGAAUGCCAUCGUGUCCAUGCCAUCCUUGCACGCACAGCUCAACCCAGAUGGUGACUUCAAAAAGACGAAGAAGAAGCUGCACUGGUUGCCUAAAGACGACGACAAGCUCGUCAAGUGUACGCUCAAGCAGUACGGAGACAUACUUUCCGUUGACAAGAUAGACCCCGAACAGAUCGCGGAGCCGGACGACAUGAGGAACUUCCUCGAGCCGGUAACGGAGUGGACCACGCCGUGCCUAGCGGACAAGCAGCUGGCGGCACUGCCCAAAGGCUCCAUUGCGCAGCUCGAAAGGCGCGGGUACUUCAUUGUGGACAAAAUCGCAUCGGAAGGAGAGCUGACACUCAUCAACAUACCGGACGGAAAGAUGAAGAAGAGCACACAUGCCGCAUGA